GUCUCAGUGGGCGGGACUUCCUCCGAACGUGUUGCUCUGUUUAAAAUGUCACCGUAACAACCGACCUGGAACUGGAACUUGAGCGGUCCAAACGGAUCCUAAGAAACGGGAUGGCAGGAACCGGCGAGGGAAAGAAAGAAGAAGCCGACUACAAAAGACUCCACAGCUUUCCUCUCAUCAGGCACACGGACAUGCCCGAGGAAAUGAGGGUGGAGACGAUGGAGCUGUGUGUGACAGCCUGCGAAAAGUUCGCCACCAACAAUGAGAGCGCUGCCAAAAUGAUCAAGGAGUCCAUGGACAAGAAAUUUGGCAACUCGUGGCAUGUGGUGAUUGGCGAAGGCUUCGGCUUUGAAGUGACGCAUGAGGUGAAGAACCUGCUCUACAUGUUCUUUGGCGGGAGUUUGGCAGUGUGCGUUUGGAAGUGCUCCUAGCACAACACACACACACACACACACAGACACCUCUCUGGGCGCCAAUUUAGGAGAAAGAACACCAGCUUCUCGUUAGACUCUGGCUAUCGUGGGUGACAUGCUGAGGUGGAUGACACAGCAUCUCACCUUGUUGGACUAGUAGAGAAGAAGUGUUACAUCUCAAUAGCUUCCUGCCUUAUCUUCCUUUUAGCCGUUUCCUUGGUUUCAACUUUUACAGCCGGCCAGGGUCUCCAAACUCCUUUCUCCUCUUUCCUCUGCAGGGAGUGUCUAGUGGGCAUGUUUGGGUGUUUGUGUGUGUGUGCUGGACACUCGCACACAAACGCACACAGUUUUUUUUCUUUUUACCUUACCAAACAUCGCCACCUUUUCUGCAACAGUAAAAUCUCCAUGUCAUGUCUUUUUGUACACUUGUCCUUUAAUACGACCUUUUGAUAUUUUUUAAAUGUGUACAUAGUUUGAUGAGACUUUUAACGUGUCAUCUUCUUACAAACGACCUGAUCUACCUUUUUUUUUCUUGCUGUAUAAAGGUGUUUGUUAUAACCUGUGUGUACUGUAUGUGUGUGUGCACUGGAGGACACUUGCCAUGUGAGUCAGUGCAAUGCAACUAUAUAAGAGAGAGAACUGAUAUAACACAAGGACAGAUAAUAAACUCUGAAAAACAGCAUUUUUCAGAUCCUUCUAUUUACUUGCUCUAUUAAAAAUGAAUAGUUUUUCUAGCACUGCAGGGAAAAAAAUGAUGGAGAAGGUGCAUGGUUGUGGGGAUGAAAAAGCAGUUACACAACCACGGCGGUCAUUAGUCAUUGCAUUGAGCAUGUUUGUUAUCUACUGUCUGCAUUUUGAAAAAUUAACGAGCGCAUGUACUUACCACCCAGGAAUAACCAGCAAAGGCUUACGAAGACCAAACAAGAUGAAACCCGCCAAUGAUCAAAGUACCUGACAGUAGUGAAAUGUUCAGUAACGGUUUGAUAAUUAGUGGCAAAGAACUUUGCUGUCAUCUUAAGUUCACCUUCAGUUCUCACCCCAACAUUGUCAAAAAUUAACUUUUUAAAAAGAUUAUAUAAUGUAUAUUUUUUUAACCACCAACUUUAAAAGUCACAGUAUAUUAACUGUGUGAGACCAGUGUAGGUUUAGCAGCUUGAGGACAAAUAAAGAUUUUUUUUAAAGGUGAAAUGAAUUUAAUUUAUUUGUAGUUGAGAGGAAAAUUCCGCAAAAUUUCCUACCAAAUCUUUUUUUCGAGUCAAUAUACAAUGUUUGGCGGGGGUGGCUCAGUGUGCUGCACUUUGAAAAACCCCCUGAGCUAUUGCAAUGGGUUUUGACACCAAAUAGUGUUGUGCACCUUGCUUUUUGUAUUACUAUUAGCGAUGAUUACCUAUCUCUCCCUCCCCCCCCCCAACAAUUUUGCCCAAAAUUGAGUCAGACGAGUCAGGCAGUGAGGAAAAGAUAGCUCUUUCUUUGG